AUGAAAGAGGUGUCUCAUUUAACUUAUAACAAAACCUCUAUACAACAGGUAGAAUCUGAGUUAUGGAAAUUGGGGUAUGAUCCAGACAGUAGUGAAGAAGAUGAUGAUGAUUUUCUAUAUGGAGGUCCUUGUUUACAGAAAAAACUGCAAGGAAUUAGAAAUCCUAUGUUUGUUACUGAAUGCCUCUCAGAAAGUGAAAGCAUUAAUAGUGAAGAUUUAGACUGUGAACAAACUCAAGAACAUAGUAAUGUUUUGUUGGCGAUAUCAGAAAAUACUGAUUUCUAUGAUGAAAACAGUCAGAAUGUCAUCAGUCCCAAACAAAUAGAAUUACACUUGCCUACACCAGAUGCUUACUUGGAAGAUCUUCCAAUUGUUGAUGUAAUGGAUACAAUAAUUGAAGAGUCUGAAGACGAACGAUGUUUUAGCCCAGGUGAACUUGAGGACAGUGAGUUACCAACCUUAGAUUAUGAGUUAAGAAGUGCUUGUGGAAGCCAAGGUUCAUUAGCAGAUACCAACAAAAGUGUUGCUGUUUCUGAAGAAGAAACGUACGUAAGGGAUGUUGUUGAGUACAAAGAUUGCUCGGUAGAGGUUCAGGUUGAUGGCCGUGACUACAGAAAAAAACCUACAUACAACUAUAUCAUGAUAGAAGAGAAGUUGAUUACUGACAAAGAACGAAGUAACAGUUCUAAUGUUGGGAACAAUUCAGUAGAAGACACUGAUAAAUCUUAUUCAUUAUUUGUUGAAGAUGAUGCAUCUAUGAACAAGAAUAAGGUAGACCAGAAUGACUUCCCUAUCAAGCAACAAAUUAACAAUUCCAACAUUGGAAAGGACACAGAAAAUGAGAUGGAUAAAUCUUGUUUAUUGUUUAUUGAAAUUAAUACACAGAUAGAAACCAAAUAUAAUAAUGAGGUAAUAGAAGAUGAUGAAAAGAAUGAAACCACAAGUGGAAAUAAGGUAAGACAACAUGAUAAAAAAGAUCAAACCACACAUGACAAUGAUGUAAUACAAGAUGAUGAACACAACGGAACAACAAGUGAUAACAAAGUAACAGAAGAUGAUGAACACAAUUUAACAUCAACUGAUAAUAAGGUAACAGAAGAUGAUCAACAGAAUGAAACCACAAGUGAUCAUGAGGUAAUCGAACAUCAUAAACACAAUGAAACAACAAGUGAUAAUGAGGUUACAGAAGAUGAUAAACAGAAUGAAACCACAAGUGAUAAUGAGGUAAUAGAAGAUGAUGAACAGAAUUUAGUCACAAGUGAUCAUGAGGUAAUCGAACAUCAUAAACACAAUGAAACCACAUGUGAUAAUAAGGUAAUAGAUGAUGAGGAACACAAAUUAGCCACACAUAAUAAUAAGAUAAGAGAUGAAGAUCAACAGAAUGAAACCUCACAUGAUAAUAGCCUAAUAAAAGAAGAUGAACACAUUGAUACUAUAUGUGAUAAUGAGGUAAUUAAACAUCAUGAACAGAAUGAAAUCACACAUGAUAAUAAAGUAAUAGAAGAUCAUGAACAGAACCAUACCACAAGUGAUAAUGAGGUAAUAGAAGAUAAUGACCAGAAUGAAACAACAAGUGAUAAUAAGAUUCCAGAAGAUGAUAAACAGAAUGAAACCACAAGUGAUAAUGAUGUAAUACAAGGUAAGGAACAGAGUAAAAUCACAAGUGUUAAUGAAGCAAUAGAAGAUGAUGAACAGAAUGAAGCCAAAAGUGAUAACGAGGUAAUAAAAGAUGAUAAACAGAAUGAAACAACAAGUGAUAAUGAGAUAACAGAAGAUGAUAAACAAAAUGAAACCACAAGUGAUAAUGAGGUAGUAGAAGAUGAUGAACAGAAUUUAGUCACAUGUGAUAAGGAAGUAAAAGAAGAUCAUCAACAAAAUGAAACAACAACUGACAAAGACAUAAUAGAAGGUAAUGAACAGAGUGAAACCACAAGUGAUAAUGAGAAUGAAACCACACUUAAAAAUGAGUUAAUAGAAGGUUAUCAACAGAGUAAAAUCACAAGUGAUAAUGAGGCAAUACAUGAUGAUGAACAGAAUGAAACCACACUUAAAAAUGAGUUAAUAGAAGGUUAUCAACAGAGUAAAAUCACAAGUGAUAAUGAGGCAAUACAUGAUGAUGAACAGAAUGAAACCACACUUAAAAAUGAGUUAAUAGAAGGUUAUGAACAGAAUGAAACAGCAAGUGAUAAUGAGGCAAUAGAAGAUGAUGAACAGAAUGAAGCCACAAGUGAUAAUGAG